GCGCUGAUAAACAUUGCUCGUGAAUGGAUGAGCAGGGGGAGGGAGACUUUGUCCAGCAGUCAUGCACAUCAUCCCUGGUUUGCAGUGAGGAUCAGAGGCAGGAUGCACAGAAAGCUUCACAGUUUCUCAGGGAAGCCGAGAGGAUCAGGAGACAGAUUGAAAAAUUGGAUAAAGAGAGGACGUUGAGUGUUCAGUGCAGGAAGAAUGGCUGGACAGAUGUGUCUGGAGAACUGGAGGAGUACAAGAAAGUGCUUGAGGGAGAAAGAAAGGCAGAGAAAAUGAAUCUUCAAAAGCACCUGGUGAAGAUUCAUAAUGGGCUGAGGAAGUUUCAGAGACAGCUGAUAGAUGUGAAACCAACUCCUGAGUUGAUUGAAAGACUAAAGGAAAUCAUGUCAGAGGUGGAAAUUUCAAUCAACACCCUGAAAGAGGAGGAGCGCUCAUGCUUUGAGGAGCUUUUGAAGGAGGAGAGGACGUGUAGACAGGAGAUCACUGCUUAUGAGAAGAAAAUUGAAAACUGGAGCCUUGUGGUCAAAUCAGACCCCAAACUACCCCCAGCUCCCACUGUUAAGACCAAACCCCUGGACAGAGAUCUCCCUGCAGAGGUCAGAGCACUUGAAUCCUUCCUUCAGAAGACAGGAGGCCCUCAUGGUGGCUGGGACCAGUAUGACCACCAAACCUUUCUCAAGGUCUGGACGAAGCACAAUGGGCAACCAGCCUACAGGAAAGAGGCCAAACUUUACCUGCCUGGUAAAAUGCUGGAGGAGAUAGAGCAACAUGAGGACUGGCACCAGGAACUGAUUUAUCUCCAGGACAGGAAGAGAGAGGCUAUCCGGAGUUGGAAGGCCAGCAAGCAACAGCACCUCCAAACCAGGAUACAGAGCCAGAGGGAGGUGGAGGAAGCAGAAAGGAGGGAGAGAGAAGCCAAGAGCCAGGCCGAACAACACAAGUCUGAGGAGGAGAAGAGGGAGGCUGCACGGCGACUGGAGGAGUGGAGGGAAGAGAAGAGAAGGAAAGACGAACAGGAAGAGGAACAGAGACUUUCUGAGGAGAUACAAAAAAGGAGACGGGCAAAGGAGGAGCGUCGUCGUCAGCUCGAAGUGAAGAUGACCAUUGAGGAGCAGCUACGACUGAAGAGAGAGGAGGAGGGGGAACAGACGAGGAUGAGAAGAGAGGAGGGACAGAGGGAGAUGGAUGAGAGGAAAAGGGAGGCAGUGAAGGGCAUCAAGCGCUUCAGUGAAAGGGAUCUUCACAAGGUGGAGGCAAAGCUUCAGGAGAAACAGCUGAAGGAAAAAGAAGAAGAAGAGAGACAUCAGAGAAUCACUGCAAAAUUAAAGGAGAAAGUGGAUGGUCACGUCACCAGAGACCCGACCAGGCUCACCCGUCCCACUAAGGGAUGGCAAGAGCGAAUGAAAAACAUUGGACCUUCAGGAGGAGGACCCGUGCUACAGAUGUUUCACAGAGCUGUUCCCAGUUGGAGGCAAGGCCUGUAA